AUGAGCUUAACAACUCUAUGUGAGAAAAUUGAGAACUAUCUGACUGAGCUCCUGAAUGAGGCUGCUCAAUCCAAAUCAUUAAAGAAAAAUAUAUAUAUGGAUUGGGACUGGCAGAUUAAGCUAGCAUUUCCAAAUAUUCUCAUUCCAUCGCUCUUUGGCAAAGGUUCCCCAGUGGAUCAGGUCAAUCCAAGAUUGGGUGUUAAAUGGGAAGCGCCAAAGCCUGAUUGGUUUAAGGUAAACUUUGAUGGUGCUUCUGCGGGAAACUUGGGUCAAAGUGUUAUUGGGUGUAUAUUGAGGAACUCUGAUUGUAUUUGUAUAAAAGAAAUCUCUGAAAAGAUUGGAGUUGCCACUAACAACGAAGCUGAAUUCAGAGCGGCUUUUAGAGGACUGUUGCUAGGGAUGGAGCUUGGGGUGCAAAGAAUUCAUCUGGAGGGAGACUCACUAAAUUUGGUUAAUGCGGUCCACUGUAACAACACCCCUUGUUGGCACCUUAACUAG